AGAAUGAGAUAAAUAUUGCAUAUAUUUAACUGUGUUCUUAAAUKUCUUAUAAGAUUAAGCUUUUGCAARGUGGGACUUCAAUAAGAGCCGAUCAAUAAACACCAGUGGUGUGACUAACGUAUACCGCUCCAAAGAUCAAAAUGGCAAAAUGUUGUCUACAUUUCGGCGCAAAGACAAAACGACUUCAUUUGUGAAAAACUACUCGUGCUUUUGGGUAUGACUCACUAAUGACAGUUAAAAACACACAGCUACGCUAUUUAAUGGAAAUGUGUUUGUUUUCAUUUAACCCAAAUAACCCGCGCAUUAAAAUUCAUGUGGUUCAGUACCUGUUGAACUUCCUUAACAAAAAAAAAAAAGAAGAAAACAACGUUAACUUCGGCUACAUCGAAGCUAUAAUACCCUUCACAAAUACAAAAACUGUGAUCCGUCAGUUUAUAUGGGAGUUAAAUGCUGUAUAGACUCGACCACUACAAUUCUUCGGAGAUUGAGUCGUUUCUUUAUUGACGCAGACACCGCUUACGCGCUUAUAGCCGAGAUUGUAUCUUUACCUUGAACAAUAAUCCAUGGCAAACUUUGGAAAGAUAUCUCAUCAAAUAAAAAAGUCUUCCAUACAAGCAAUUAAUUCCGACUCCUGAUCAUUUAUAUACAUAUAUGUUUAUCCACCGAAUUUUCCUUUUGGCUGCUACAAACUUUGUGGCAACCUUAAACCUGUUCAGGGUAUAAAUAACUGACGAGCGCAAAGGUAUUCAAAUAAUACAUAGAAAUGUAUGAGUGAAAAAAAAUAAUAAAAAAGACAAUAAAUAUGCAGACGGGAGUGUGAGCAUAGAAAAACUCACGCUGGGAGGUGCGACGUCCAAUCUCUCAACGAGAGCCAAACGCAUAAGCAUUACGAGGCAGUCAGUCGAGUGUUGUUCCUCACGGUAAGCGCAUGUGUUGUAUGGCUGUGAUAAGGUCAAAGUCGAUGCUGUUGUCGUCAUCGUUAUUCUGCCAWCGUCGUCACCAAUAAACGCAAUGAAUUAAAUCAGUGUCAAAAGUCAUGCAAACGACGGAGUUGUAGCAUUAAGCGGSGUGCUCAUUCAUUUAUUUAACGGCGCUUCACUGCCACGGUUCUUGUGUUGCAAUUGAUAGAUUCUAACGAUUUCACAAAAAUUGGCAAGACUACAUAAUACUAUCUUCCUCACUUAUCUUCCCUCGUACGCUACAAAUCUGUUGCUUUUUGCCAGCUGAGUACACAGAAACGRGUCAACAGUGUGCCAUAAAUGUUCCGACGUGUCCUUUCGUACAGCAUCAUUGGCGCCGGCAUCGUCAGCACCGGUCUCAGCCUACACACCAACGACUAUGAUGUCAAUUCGUUGGGUAUUGUGCGUCUCAGCCGUUCGGCAAUCACCGUUUUCGAUGUGGCGCUCACAUACAAACGUGAACUCUACUAUCGGGAGUGGGACAAAAGUACGCCCGAAUACAAAGCGGAAAAGAGUCGUGUACAUAAGAUAGCCGCAGAAAAGCUGCUCGAUCUCAUCUGCGUCAAUAAGGGUGUUUACAUAAAGACCGGUCAACAUAUUGGUGCACUAGAGUACUUAUUACCCAAAGAAUUUGUGCAAACCAUGAAGAUACUACACUCGAAUGCGCCACAAAACCCCGUCGAAGAUCUGUAUAAGGUCAUACGGCAGGAUUUGAAACGUAACCCCGAGGACAUAUUUGCGACAUUCGAGCCGACACCGCUUGGUACCGCCUCACUAGCGCAAGUUCACAAAGCGACAUUAAAGACGGGCGAGGUGGUCGCUGUCAAAGUACAACAUCCUUAUGUGAAGGGUAACUCACGUGUGGACAUGAAAACAAUGGAGGUUUUAGUGAAACUUAUGGYGUUAGUUUUUCCCGACUUUAAGGUUCAAUGGUUGGUCGAUGAGUCCAAAAAGAAUCUGCCUAUCGAAUUGGAUUUCCUAAAUGAGGGCAAAAAUGCUGAAAAAGUUGCCAAACAAUUCCAGAAAUAUGCAUGGUUGCGCGUACCGAAAAUUUACUGGGAACUAAGCACACCGCGUAUACUAGUCAUGGAGUAUCUCGAAGGCGGACAAGUCAACGAUCUCGAUUAUAUUAAAAAGCAUAAAAUCGAUCCAUUCACUGUGUCCAAUAAAAUCGGCCAACUUUAUUCGGAGAUGAUAUUCACAACAGGUUUCGUGCACAGUGAUCCACAUCCAGGCAAUAUAUUGGUGCAUAAAAAUCGAAAUGGACAAGUAGAAAUCGUAUUAUUAGAUCAUGGGCUCUAUGCGAAUCUAACGGACAGAUUUCGUUAUGAGUACUCCAAAYUGUGGCUUAGCAUUCUGAAUGUGGAUCGCAAGGCGAUGCGUGUACAUAGUCAGAAUUUGGGCAUCAAAGGUGACUUGUAUGGAUUGUUUGCGUGUAUGGUAACGGGUCGUCCUUGGGAGACGCUUAUUCAGGGCAUCAACAAAGUCAAAUACUCCAAAGAAGAGAAAGCCACGCUACAAAACAAUACCUCACUCGUAUUACCGCAUAUUUCCGAUGUGCUGGAGCAAGUCGAUCGUCARAUGUUGCUCAUACUGAAAACCAACGACCUGAUACGCGGCAUUGAGGCUACGCUUCGCACGCAAAACCGCAUGACCGCCUUCUGGGUAAUGUCCAAAUGCUGUGUACAUUCGACGUUCAACGAGCAGCGGUCGUUUAACACAGCGCGCUGGACCGCUCUGCGGUUGGCGGUGCGUGARAAAUGGGAGAUAUUCAAAUUAAACAUMUACUAUGUGUAUUUAGGUAUCGUGAAUUUCGGUUUCUUGGCGGCAUUAAAACAGAUUUUAUAGAGUUACGGGUAACUAAGUAACUAUGGCUUAGCAUGAUCAUGAAGAUCAAAUAUUUCAAGUUUUUUCGUAAUUGCUUUUAAAGUUUAUAUAUGUAUAAGUAAAUUAUGGUUGUAUGCGUGUACAUAUGUAUGUAUGGAUUGUGUUUAUUUAUUUUUUAACUUAAAAAUAGCCAUUUUUCGAUGUGAAACUUUUUGCAACUAAACGACAAGGUAACUGCAGCGUACAAAACAAUUUAAGUUAUUACAUAAGCUAACAUCCAGCGAGUAAUAUAAUAAAUUAUAACAACAAUAAAAUKUAUGAAUUUCUAUAUUGAUAAA